AUGAGCACCAUGAGCUACUACUCAUCUACUUCCAGUUCAGGUUUUCGUGCCUCUCCUCCUGGUGUCCCCUCCAAAUGCUGGUGUAGAGAAGAGAUCACCACUUUCACAUCGAAAACAAAGGAAAAUCCAUACCGGAGAUUCUACCGGUGCGAGAUAGCAAUGAAGAGAGAAAAUGAAGAGCACUUGUUCAAAUGGGUUGAUGAAGCUCUAUUGGACGAAAUUAACAUGGUAAAUGAGAAGUGUAAGAGAGUUGCAGAGAAUCUUAGUGCUCUGAGAGUGAACGUGAUGGCUAAUAUGGAGCUCCAGAACAAAAACAUUAAGCAGAUGGAGGAAGAGCUGAUUAAGAAGAUGGAGGGUGAACUCUUGACCAUGAAGGAGAAUGUGGAGGAGCUAGGACAUGUUAUGGCUAAGUCAGCUUUGAAGACUGUAGGGAUUGCUGCUGUAAUUGUUACCUCAAUUGUAUGGCUUUGUGGAAGAGUGUAG